AUGCAAUUAUCACGCACUGCCUACCGCGCUGCCCUCCUCCACUUAACAUUUACCCCAAUAUUUGCUCGCGCUGCAAUUCCAACAACCAGCAUCCUGAGCACAUACACUCCAAGCCCCAGCGCCCGACUCUCCAACAUCCUCUUCCCCCAGUGCAGAACCCUUGAGCACAGUCGCACAGCACACACGAUGUCCUCAAACACCACAGACCAAAAGCCCGAGUCGGCUGAAUCCAACACACAGGAGCAGACCACAAAAUCCGAACAGCUUGCCCUACCCUCUGGCGAAUCCUCCGGUGCGAAUCCUCAGCGCCUGGAUCUGAGUAGUGAGGGCGGAUCUACAGUCACGCUUGAUCAUCUGGGACCGAUGGUGGUUAAUGUGGAUGGGACACUCUCUCGGAUUAGCAACUGGGAGCAGAUGACGGAGAUUGAGCGGAAGAAUACGAUGCGGGUUUUGGGCAAGCGGAAUAAGCAGAGACUGGAGGCUUUGAAGGCUGCUGAAGCGGCUAAGGAAAGCUCUUGA